CGCGUAUACACUUGUAUGGUGCGUCGGCCUAUAGUCUAUAGUGUGUCGAUAUACAUAUACGCGGACAUUCGGUUGCCGGUUGCUGCGUGUUAUUUUGCCCAACCCGCCUCGUCUCUCAGUGCGAGAAAGACGUUCAUACGGUUCGGGCCGUUCUCAUCCGUGCACUCCGGCACUCCGCGUACGUCAACGUGUCCACGUGACGGGACAGCAGGAGGUGGUGUUCUGGGGAACACAGACACUCUAGGAAACAUGCAGAAUAACGGAGAUAGUACCCUGGACAUGACGAUGACGAUGACGAGCAGCACGGUAUUGGCAACUCCAGGGUUGAACAACCCUGCGUGGAAUCGUCAACAGGCGGUCAGCGUCAGACACGCGUUCAAAACUUACGGCAGUAGCAAAAAUCCGAAUCAUGUCAUCCAAAAUCUCAGCAUGACGGUCGCCAAAGGAUCCAUAUACGGUCUUCUUGGAGCUAGCGGAUGCGGUAAAACCACCUUACUCUCUUGCAUCGUCGGUCGGAGGAGAUUAAAUUCAGGCGAGAUCUGGGUGCUCGGUGGUAAACCAGGCACCAAAGGAUCCGGAGUUCCUGGAAAAAGGGUUGGUUACAUGCCACAGGAAAUAGCCCUUUACGGAGAAUUCACCAUUCGAGAGACUAUGAUGUACUUUGGCUGGAUAUUUGGCAUGUGCACCACAGAAAUCGCGGAUAGACUACGAUUUCUCUUGCAAUUCCUCGAUCUGCCCUCUCAGAAUCGACUGGUGAAGAAUCUUAGCGGUGGCCAGCAGCGACGAGUGUCCUUCGCGGUUGCCUUGAUGCACGACCCUGAACUCUUGAUCCUCGACGAACCGACGGUAGGCGUGGAUCCUCUGCUUCGACAAAGUAUCUGGAAUCACUUGGUGCAAAUAACGAAGGAUGGUAACAAAACGGUGAUCAUAACGACCCAUUAUAUCGAGGAAGCCCGACAGGCACACACGAUCGGUUUGAUGAGGAGCGGUCGUUUGUUAGCCGAGGAAUCUCCCAGGGCUCUCCUAACGAUGUACAACUGCGCCUCCCUCGAAGAGGUCUUCUUAAAAUUAUCCCGGAUACAGGGACAAUAUGCUCAACCAACAACGGAAUUGAAUAUUUCGAAUAACAUUAGUUUGGCUUCCUUGAAUUGGGGCAAGAAGAACGAACCGGUGUACGUGACAGAAGAGUCGGGUGUGGUGGGACUGAAUUUCCAUCAGAGCAAAGAAGUUCUCAUCCACGAUUCUACGAACGGGAUUGGAAAUCACUACGAUCAGAUGAACGGAAAACCCUUAUCGAGUGUCAAGAGUUCUUCGAUGUUGGAUUGCAACGAUUGCAGUAACUUUACAGAUUUCUACAAGUUUACGAACAAAGGUAAAAUGAAAGCGCUUUUACAGAAGAAUUUCUUACGUAUGUGGAGAAACGUAGGGGUAAUGCUGUUUAUCUUCGCACUGCCAGUAAUGCAAGUGAUCCUCUUCUGUCUGGCGAUCGGUAGAGAUCCAACGGGCUUAAAAUUAGCGAUAGUUAAUCACGAAAUGUUUUACGAAAAUAUGACCUGUCCGAUAUCGGAGGGCUGCAAAUUUCAACAAUUGAGUUGCCGUUAUUUGAAAUUCUUGGACAACGAUACAAUGACAAAGGAGUAUUACAAGAAUCUGGAGACCGCUAAGGACGCGGUGCGCGAUGGAAACGCUUGGGGAACAUUGUAUUUCACUGAAAACUUCACGGAUGCUCUUGUCGCCAGGAUGGCGUUAGGAAGAGACGCUGACGAGGAAACGUUGGAUCAGAGCGAGAUCAGAGUGUGGUUAGACAUGUCCAAUCAACAAAUAGGUCUGAUGUUAGCCAGGAAUCUUCAGUAUUCGUACAGAGAUUUUGCCAAAGAUCUUUUAUCAGCCUGCGACCAGAACACUAAACUAGCCGACGUACCGAUACAGUUUAAGGAUCCGAUUUACGGCACCAGCGAACCCAGUUUCACCGACUUUGUUGCGCCAGGUGUAAUAUUGACAAUUGUCUUCUUCCUGGCAGUGGCCCUGACUUCGUCAGUUUUGAUCAUCGAGAGGAUGGAGGGUCUGCUGGACAGAAGUUGGGUAGCUGGUGUUACACCAGGAGAGAUUCUCUUGUCGCAUGUGAUCACUCAGUUUGUAGUGAUGUGUGGUCAGACUGCAUUGGUGCUUAUUUUCAUGAUUCUGGUCUUUAAUGUCGAGUGUAAAGGAGACAUCGGUUGGGUGAUCGUAUUGACGAUACUUCAGGGUCUUUGCGGCAUGUGCUUCGGGUUUGUAAUUUCUGCGAUUUGCGAACUUGAAAGGAAUGCAAUACAACUGGCUCUGGGCAGUUUCUAUCCUACAUUGCUGUUGAGCGGCGUGAUUUGGCCAGUAGAGGGUAUGCCUACGUUCCUACGUUACAUAUCUCAGUGUUUACCGUUGACGAUGGCCACGACGUCGCUACGUUCCAUGUUGACUCGGGGCUGGAGCAUCACGGAACCGGAUGUAUACAACGGCUUCAUAUCUACGAUCGUUUGGAUAGUCGCCUUCCUCACGAUAAGCAUAAUGGUGCUCAAGUUCAAGCGUGGAUAAAAAUUUAACUGUGCUUGUUCGGUUGGUGAGUUAGAAAAAUCGUCGUCGCGACGCGAGAUAGAAAGAAAAAUCAAGGUAAACGCGUUGCUUCGACUCGAACUGUAUCACAUAUCGUAUCGAUUGGCCAUCUGUGGAAAUUCAUCCGGUUAAUUUCCCCAAGGACGAUCUCGUUGUUACGCCAUCCGUGCGUGCACCUCCACAUGUGAUGCUUUUUGUGCGCUUAGCUUAGCUUAGCUUAGCUUACAAUGUUAGUGUGUCCUUUACGAUUAGUGUGUAAAAAGAGAAACGCGAAUGAUUGUGCGUGCCUGAAACGUGUCUGAUUCUUAGGAAUUCCUUUACCUUUUUCUUUUUCUUUUUCUUUUUCUUUUUCUUUUUCUGUACUUCUUCUUUGUCUGUAAUAUAACUUUUAUCUACGGGACGCAUCUUUUUUUACCACGGAUAGUUUCUGCAGAAAUUAUUCAUCGUUUCGUUCGAGUUUCUUUUAAUCGAAAGAAAGAACUAAGACGAAUCGUAGUUUAAUUGGGUUGGCAGUGUGUCCUGGUAAAUUGAUGCCCCGAAUGUAAAUGGGAUUGCGAGUAAUAAGUUGAUAAGUUAACGAGUAGUUGAUUAGAUAUAGGACGGUCUUACUUGCCCAUGACUUAAAUGUACGUUUUAUUUAAAUCUUAACGAUCGAAAAAAGAAAGAUUACUCGUUUAAAGAAAAACGAAGUGAACUGGUAUAUUACAUAAAGGGAAAUUGUAAAAUAAUCUGGAAAUUUUAUAAUCCGGAAACCGAAUCGAUUAUCGAGUGAAUAUUGUUAAAAAUAUUAAUAGAUAUUGCACACUAGCGUGUGCAAUAUGGUUUUUAGAGCAAGAUAAAUAUGUAUGAUAUUGUAGUAUACGAAGAAUUACAUUUUACACGAUAUGUAUUCUCUAUUAUUUACGUUCGAGAAAUUUCAAUGUACGAUAUUUGUUACUUUGUCUUUUCAUUCGAAUCUCACUGCCUUGACAAAAUUCUAUCAAGGAUGUAACCGAAAGGGUAUAAAAGAGAAAAGGAAAAGCAAAAACAAUGUACAUUUUCGUUUUCUUUAAUUUUCCAUAUAAAAAUGUUUAUAAAA